UCCAUUUGAUGGACGUGUCGUGUGCCCUUGAGCUCCCUGGAGAAAUGAAUCGCAAGUGUUGCUCUGCAAAGUGCUCGAUAUGGAUGAUGCGUCCAAACACGUGCUUAAAGCAAUAACAAUACGCGCGGAUGUGAUAAAGUUCUAGUGCUGUUGAGCUCCGAGUGGGUGUUAUUACUGGAGCGCACGACAGGUUGAUCGGCGGCUCGCUGUCCCGCAGGAGAAGGGGCCAUUACUGUGGCGGCGUGGGAAAAGUUUCACAUACGUGACGCGCAGGAGAAAGGAUUUUGCAUAGCGUCGCGUCUGGAAUAAUCGGCCUCCAUGCAGCGACAGAGCAACUCGGAGCUGCUGUGAAUGGAGUCCCGUACCUUUGAGGUCUGACUAUGGAGCAACGCAACGGGACGCGGAGCUCCAAUCAGCCGCAGCUGCGUAUCAACGUGCCGAGCACCGCCAGAGAGCGAGCGGCCAGUGUUGAUCCUUACGGGUUCGAGCGCUCAGAAGAUUUCGACUAUGAGUCCUAUGAGGAGCUGAUGUCGGAGUAUCUGGCCGUUCUCACUAGAAGGUCCAUCAAGUGGUCCAAACUACUGCAGGGGAAGCGGCGUGUGGACAGGAACCUUAAGGUGAAGAGGUAUGUGCGGAAGGGCAUCCCGAAUGAGCACCGGCCACUGGUGUGGAUGACGACCAGUGGAGCGCAGGAACGGCUGGAGAGGAACCCUGGGUACUUUCAGUCUCUGCUGGAAGCACAACACGACCCCAGACUCGUGGAGACCAUCCGCACCGAUCUGCACAGAACCUUCCCAGAUAACAUUCACUUCCGUAAGUCGGCGGAUCCGUGUCUGCAGAAGGCACUGUUUAAUGUGCUGGUGGCGUAUGGACACCAUAAUAAAGCUGUGGGCUACUGUCAGGGGAUGAACUUCAUCGCAGGAUAUCUGAUCAUCAUCAGUAAAGAUGAGGAGAUGUCAUUCUGGUUGAUGGAGGCCCUGCUGGACAGAAUACUGCCAGAUUACUACACUCCAGCAAUGUUGGGUCUGAAGGCGGAUCAGGAGGUCCUGGGCGAGCUGGUGCGGAUGAAGGUUCCUGCGGUGUGGCAGCUCAUGCAGGAUCAAGGCGUCAUGUGGACUCUGGUGGUCUCACGCUGGUUCAUCUGCCUGUUCAUCGACAUCCUGCCAGUGGAGACAGUUCUGCGGAUCUGGGACUGCCUGUUCUACGAGGGUUCGAAGAUCGUGUUCCGUGUGGCUCUGACUUUGAUCCACCACCAUCAGGAUGUGAUCCUGCAGGCGCAGAACCUGCCGGACAUCUGCGAGCGCUUCAAACGCAUCACCAGAGGAGCCUUCGUGGAGGACUGCCACGCUUUCAUGCAGAGAAUCUUCCAGGAGCCCGGGAGUCUCUCCAUGUCCACAGUUACUAAACUGCGCGAGAGCUGCCGUGCACGGAUCACGGCUGACGAAUCCUGACACUCAAACAUUCCCACUGAUAGUUUGCACUCGAUCUAGAGUCUGUCGCUCACACAGAUGUGGCAUUCACUUAGUAGUGUGCACUCAAAGACUUAUGAAGAUGUAUUUUCUUAUGUUUGUAGAGAUAUGUAUAGAUGUAGAAGAAUCAUAGGUGCUGGAAUCAAUGUCUUUAAUACUCUCUCUUUCUCUUAGUUUAAGACCAAUACUACUGUGAAAUAAAACUGACUUGCAGCUCUUACAGACUAAAUAUACGUGUUUUAGCUCAACCUGCUUCAUGAGGUGCAUCAUGAAGGGUUUUACACUACUGAAGGAACUUCAUGAUGCUUCUUUACAUUCUGCUCCAAUCCUAAGAACUCACUUUCUUUAAAGCUAAAUUGUCAAGAAUACAAUUGAUACUUUCACUACAAAAUGUAUUUAAAUCAUUUAAGCAAACACCUAUAAAAACAAAAUUAAAAGCUCAUGAUA